GCAGUGCUUCAUUUGGUUCAUGGCCAGCGCCGGAUUGUGGAGCAUCGCUGUUGCAGCCAGCUCAAGACCCAUCAUAAGCAUCUCGCGCGCCACUCCACUGAGACAGGGAUAUGAAGAAAAGGAUACGGCACGCGGAUUUUACUCCUACGGCUAUAGCGAUGAGAAUGCAGCGAGAGCAGAGUACACAACACACGAUGGCUCCUCGCGUGGCUUCUACUCGUAUGUGGAUGCCAACGGGAAACUGCAGACGGUCAAGUAUGAGGCAGGUGGUGGCCAGGGAUUCAAGGCGGAGGCCAGUAAUCUGCCUAAAGCACCCGUCGAUGACAAUAAGCCACCGCUGCCAGUGACGGAUACGGCAGAGGUUGAAGAGGCGCGUCAGGCUCAUCUCAGCGCCAUACAGGAGGCACGGGACCAGGAGCAGCGCGAGCAGACAGCACAAGCGGAGCAGCGGCAGGAGCAACCGCAGGAUGAGAAGCCCCUGAGUGAUGAGGAUGCAGACAUCCUGGAGAGAGUGCGUGCAGAGCUGACUUCCAUGCUUGAGCAGCGACAGCGUGGCCUGGAGAAUCGCAAUUCAGAUGAGGAGAACAAGAAGGAUUCAGCAGCAGAGAACAAUGAAGAAAUUCGGGAUCGGAAUCAGGAUCAGCCUUCAGCUAGUGAGCAGCAGCAGCAAGCUCCCGCUCCUGAGCAGAGUUUACAGUUGACCAAUGAUGCCAACGAUCUGAGUAUGCGCACUGUUUAUUCCCUGACCGAUCUCAGUUCCAGUCGCUAUCUCAAACUAAGUGAUCUGCAGGAUCGCUCGGCCAGCGGUAGCCAGGAGCUGCGUGUGCCUGUUAGCGCCUAUUACGCUUACACCUCGCCCAGUGCGAGGUACAGCGUGACCACGCCCACCGAACUAAGAACUCUGCGUCCAGUGGCCCUCAGUCGCAGUCUGCUCUUAAGCAAACGAAACUAGAAGGAGAGGAGUGCCCCUAAAGAUCGAUUGACCCUGUUGUACAUUGUGGAAUUCAGUUGAACAUAGUAGUCAUAAGAAUAAAUGCAUUCUGUGCACCAUAGUGCCUAA